AUGCUGUCUGGGAGAAGCUGCAGCCGCGAUCUGCAUCGCUGGAAUCCGAAUCCUGUGCGGAGUUCGGUGCCGGAGUUGGAGCAGGAGGAGGUUCUGGUUGAUGAGGAGGAGGCCGAGGAGGCGGAGCAGGACGACCGGCCCGAUACCUGGCCCGACUAUUACAACGACGAGGAGGGCGAGGAGGGCCACCAGGAAGUCAUAGAGAAUGAUGCAGUGCUGGAGAUCAUGAAGGACUACGAGAUUCCUGAGGAUGUCCAGCAAUCCUUUUUCCAGCUGCGCAAUGAUGCACUUGCUGAUGCGCCAUGGUCACACAAUGCCAAGUACGGGCUGGCUGAGACGAAGUGUGG